AUGUCCAAGUUUGUUAAAUUUUCCAACAAACUGUGUUGUUGGAAAAUUCUUCCUUCUGAAGAAUUUUCCAACAACACAGUUUGUUGGAAAAUUCUUCAGAAGGAGACAGACCAAUCAUUACGUAAACUUUCUGUUACACAAUGGAGCUCAAGGAUUGAAGCAGUCAAGCCACUUGCAAAAAAGCCCAGAAAAAUCUUGAAAUUACAUCGUCAAAAAGAGUUAGACCUUCCAAGCGAAAGUAGUUAUCUUCGUUCCACAAUGGACCAGGAGCGAUAUUGGUACUUGAUGAUCCUUUCGAUUGAAUCAGAUUUAGCCAAUAACGUUUCUUAUGAAGAAAUUAAAGAUAAAACCAAGUUAUUAACCUCACUGGAAAAAAAUGGCACAAAAUCUAAACGGACGAAACUUCGUAGUGGUAAUUUCAAAAAUGUAGACAAGACCAUAUACACGUGGUUCGUUGCAAAAAGAAGUCAAAAAGUACCAAUUGAUGGUACCAUACUAAAAGAAAAGGCACUAAAAUUCGCAGAAGCAUUAGGAGAGUUGGAUUUUAAAGCAUCUGAUUGUUGGUUUCAUAAUUGGAAAGAAAGAAACGGCAUCAGCUUUAAAAUAAUCUCAGGCGAAAGUGCCGCCGUGACGAAUAAUAUGACUGCUUCGUGGAAUGAAACUACACUUCCAACAUUGCUUAUGAAUUACAAACUUGAAAACAUUUUCAAUGCCGAUGAGUUUGGACUAUUUUACCAGUGCCUACCAAACAAAACAUACCAUUUAUCACGAGAAAAAUGUUUUGGGGGAAAAAAUAGUAAAGUCAGACUAACAGGCAUAGCAGCAGGGAGUGCAACGGGAGAAAAAUUACCUAUGUUUGUUAUUGGAAAAUCUAAAAACCCACGGUGUUUUAAGCACAUUAAACAACUUGCUUGCACAUAUAAAAAUCAGCUAAAAAGUUGGAUGACCGGAGACCUUUUUACAGAAUGGCUUUGUUCAACAAGGUCGCUUGAUGUUUACAUAGAGUCAAUACUGCGUUGA